AUGCUCAAGAACAUUGACCCUAUCGUGCUUCCGGGACUGUACAAGUCUCACAUGCGCUCGUUCUAUGGCUCAGACGUUGUCACCAAGACUCUCCCCAUAACCGAAGAGCUCCAGAAGGGAUGCUCCUCGGGGGAAAACCCCAACGGCGUUUCCGUCAACUGGGCCUCGACUCUGUACCACGUCGACGGAGACAGCUACACCGAAGUCAACCCCAUCAUGUUCAGCACCUACUACGAGAACAUUGACAAGGCCGAGAUCCUGUUCCCAAAAGACUUCUACGCGGUUGCUGGCAACGGCAGCGCCAAGAGCCAGGACUACAUUGACGAGCGCAUCAACAACAUGACUUGGUGGGACAUCAAGAAGCACGCCUACGCCGCGGUCAAUGGCGGCUGCUGCCUAGCCGACAUGAAGCGUAUGCCGCAGCUGCGCUUCUCGAUCCGCUACGAUGUCCGCAAACUCAUCCCCGAAGGCUGGACCGGGCCUCCGCCGCUCAAGCUGGCAUGCGGAGUUUUCAUGCGCAUCGACGGCGCCAGGGGCGAGGGCGAGGCCGGCAGCUCGUGCUCGCCCCAAGACGCAGACCCGGGCAACGGGACCAGCGACUACAAGCAAAGCGUAGCGAUGAUGGCCAUGGCGUAG